GAGGGAGAGAGAGGGAGUGAGAGAGAGGGAAAGAAUGAUGCGCGCCGAUCGCGAUCCACGCUUGGGUUCUCCUUAAAGAAAGAAAAAUAAGUGAGUGGGAGCGGAAGUAGUCGGUCGAGAUAUAUGCUACUAUAUUCUCUUAUGCACUUUGAUGUACUUCGUGACAGGACAGGUGAAAAAGCUUAAGGAAACUGUGUUAUCAUAUAUUAUCGACUCUUAAACAGUGCACAACAUUCCGUAUAAUUCGUGUUAACGAAUAUAACGGUGAAAGUUUGUUCGCUGUGUUUAGAAGAUGUGCGGAUGAUGUUUUUUUUUCCUUUUUUAUCUUCUCUUUUCUCUCUGUCUUUCUGUCUCUUUUCUUUUUAAAUGUCCUACGAAAAAAAUACGUCAUCGAAGAUAUAUACCAGCGAGCAGCACGAGCGAGUGUAACGUGUUAAAUAAAUCGGUUAUUUGAUUUACGUUGAAACAUUGUUCUACACGAUAAAGAAAAGAAAAUGCGAAUUUUUUUUUUUUCGACGAUGAAACGAUAAUCUACGAAUUAUCUCAUUAUUAAUUCGUUAAUGUAAAAGGACUUGAAAAAUAUUUUCUUUAUCAUAUAUUUGUAAUCGCAACGAAAAAUUGCACAAAAAUUCAUCGUUUACAUCGAAACGUUAUGUUUAUGCGAACAUCGUAUUUGCCAAUGUGGCCUUUAACAUCUACAUCUACAUAACUAAUGAAAUAUCAAAGUAUAUAUAUAUAUAUAUAUGUUCUAUCAUUUCUUUUAGAAUUCGAUCAUUUAGCCAAUGUCGUUUGAUGUUUAUAACGCACGAAAAGAAGAGCUAUGACAAAUGUGAAGUUGUAUCGAUAUAAUAAUACAGCGUUGUUUAAAAGUGAUCAUGGCAAGAAAUCAUCAUUAUUGUCAUCAUCGUUUAACUCGUCUAUGUCGAAUUAUUAUUUGAUCCAACAACAACAACUGAAACAAAGUACAUUGCAUUUUUCAAUGUUUUUAUGUCGCAAACUGUCCUAAAAACGCCAGUGCAUAGCCCUUGUCUGUAAGUGGAUGUAAAAAUCGAGAUUUGAAAUCAGGGGAUGCCUAGCCUACACUCGCUCGUCGUACGACGAGCCCCCUUAAUGGAUAUGGGCACGACAACUAGUUCGGUAACUUCUGUUAAUCCACAACCCAAACCUAAUAACAAUCAAAAGAAAAUAGACAAGACUAAUAAACUUACUGGUAUAAGAUUACCAUUGUUACGUAAAGAAUCAAGUGUAGUCAAUCUUUCUUUGACCGAAAGAACAUUACCAGGCAAAGGCAUAGACUCUCCGCUUUUGAGGCCUGAAAGCAGUGCCAGUUUGGAAGCUCGAGGUGGAAGUUGGAUUAAUUUAGCUCCUGGCGCACUUAGAAAAUGUGAAACUACUGUCGGAUUGAGUACAUCUGCUUUAGAAGGUAGAGCCAUAAAUCGCAGUAGAGUUUGCUCUCGCUGUUCUAGUUUAUUGUCAUUAGCAUCUAGCUCAAGAUACAGCUUAGCUGCUGGCAAUUUUGUACCAACUGGUUCGCAGCAGACCGUUGGGAGAAUAUUUUGUAAGCUUUGUCUUACCGACACAUCCUUUUCCAAAACAUUUAAAAUUGAAGGCUGUGGUUGUUUUUACUGUAAAGAUUGUAUGAAAGCAUAUGUCGAGUUUGAAAUCGAACAAGGUGCAUAUGAAAUUAGCUGCCCCGAUGCACAAUGUGAACAAGGUGCUAUCCUUUCGCUAAAAGAAAUUAGAAGUCUUGUUACUCCUGAAUUAUUGGAUAAACAUAGCAAGUUUCGUUUAAAUAGAGAUGUUUCAAUGGAUACAAAACGGGCGUGGUGUCCACGUGCAGGUUGUGAAACAAUAUGUUCAAUCAAUUCCAAUGGAAGUAGUGGUAUGCCUCCUGGACCCAUCCACUGUCCUAACUGUUCUACAGAUUUUUGCUCCAUGUGUAGAGAAGCAUGGCACAGUGGACCAUGUUCUGAUCUUCCAUUAGGUAUACCAUUUGACAAUGAUCAUAUUAAAUGCUGUCCUAUGUGUUCUGUACCUAUUGAAAAGGACGAAGGAUGCGCUCAAAUGAUGUGCAAAAGAUGCAAGCACGUUUUUUGCUGGUAUUGUUUAGCUUCCUUGGAUGAUGACUUUUUGUUGAGGCACUACGAUAAGGGGCCAUGUAAAAAUAAAUUAGGUCACUCACGAGCGUCUGUAAUAUGGCAUAGAACACAAGUAAUUGGUAUAUUUGCCGGUUUUGGUUUGCUCCUACUUGUUGCCUCUCCUUUGCUACUUUUGGCUGCUCCGUGCAUAGUAUGCUGUAAAUGUCGUGUCUGUGGUUCCUCUAGGCUCGAACAGGAGGACGGUGAUACGGCAACAUAGAAACUGUAAAAUAUUUUCAAACCCUUUCUUAAUCUUACAUAUUAAUAAUCUUUCUCUUAUCAAAAUGGAACGAAUAAACUAGCUUCUUUCAUAAAUGAGCAAAUAUUAUCGGCAUUUUAUAUAGAUAUACAUUGGUUGUAAAUGGUGUUUUAUUUGUUUUCUUUUUUAAAAAGAAGAAAAAAUGAAAA